AUGUCCGACAUCAAGGUCACUCCCACCGCCGAGGCCGACCCUGCCGCCACCUCGAUCCAGAAUGACAAGACCGUCGAGCAAACCUCCAACCCCGAUCAGACCACCGAGCUCUCUGCCGCACCCACCACCUCUGAAGAUGCUGUAAUGGCCGAGGCCAAGACCGAGGAGCAGAACGAGAAGAAGGAGGAGACGGCCGAGGCCAAGCCUGAGACCAAGACCGAGGAGGGUACGACUAUCCAUCGUGCGCAAAGUACUUGCGCAACUGCUGACAAGAAAUCAGCUUCCAAGCCUGCUGAGAACCAAGGCGAGAAGAGAGGUGGACGUCCCCAGGGUGCAGGCCGCAACACCAAGCGCGUCAGACCCAACUACGAUGAACUGCCAGAGAGCAGCGACCCCGAGGAAAUCCGUCGCCAGGUCGAAUUCUACUUCUCCGACUCCAACCUCCCCACCGACAACUACCUUCUCAAGCAAACUGGCGGCCACAAGAACCUUCCCGUCGACCUUAAGGUUAUCCACAACUUCAAGCGCAUGCGCCACUUCCAGCCCUACUCCGCUGUCCUCGAGGCUUGCAAGGCCAGCACUGUGAUUGACGUUACCGAUGACGGUCAAAUCACCCGCAAGGAGCCCAUCAGUGACAAGUUCAGCGACAACGUCGACGAGAACCGCAAGAUGCUCGAGAACCAGACCAUGGCCCGCAGCAUCUACGCCAAGGGUUUCGGCGAGGAGAAGCCCACCAGUCAGACCGAUAUUGAGGAGUUCUUCACCGUAUACGGUACCUUCAACGCCGUGCGCCUACGCAGAGCCAACAACGGCGAGUUCAAGGGCAGCGUUUUUGUCGAGUUCUCGGAUGAGAAGACCGCCGAGGACUUCCUCAAGCUUGACCCCAAGCCCGCAUUCCAGGGAUCGGAGCUGAGCAUCAAGAGCAAGAAGGCUUACGUGGACGAGAAGCUCGAGGGCAUCAAGAACGGCACCAUUACUCCCAACGACAACUGGAAGGAGAGAAGAGACAACGACCAGCGCGGUGGUCGUGGCGGCCGUGGCGGAAACGGAAGAGGCCGUGGCGGUCGUGGUCGCGGUGGAAACGGCAGAGGAGGACGCGGUGGUCGCGGAGGCCGUGGUGGUGACCGUGGUGGUGACCGUGGCGAUCGUGAAGACCGUCCCAACACUCGCAACGCAGAGCGUGAAGACCGUAAGCGCGGACGUGAGGACGAGGGUCAGCAGGGUGAGGCCAAGAAGACCAAGACCGAAGAGUAG